AUGCCGCCGCAGCGUCGCCUCGUCAUCCCACAUUUCACUCUCGCGGCUGCACAGCGCCUGCAGCAGCAGCAGCAGCAGCAGCAGCAGCAGCAGCAGCAGCAGCAGCAGCAGCAGGAACAGCAGCAGCAGCAGCAGCAGCAGCAGCAGCAGCAGCAGGAACAGCAGCAGCAGCAGCAGCAGCGCCUACAGCAGCAGCAGCAGCAGCAGCAGCAGCAGCAGCAGCAGCAGCAGCAGCAGGAACAGCAGCAGCAGCAGUUUAAGCAGCAUGAGAAGCAGCAACAGUAG